UGACCCCCAGAACGAACUAAGUUGUAGUUCCUUUGUACACUACCACUACACCUUAACAACCUCCCAGUCUCUCUUUCUCUCCUCUACACACAUACACUCCAUCUUAGGGUUUACUUUCCCUUUCCUACUUUAAUGAUUAUAAUGCGCUGAGCGGCCUUCUGCUUUGCCUACUACCUUCCUUUCCACCCCUGCGCCGGAAUUUUUAAUUCAGUUGAUUCUCAACAUUGAAACGAUUCUCAGCAUCUUGUCUUGUGCAUCGCGGCAGCCUCGAACUGUAGCAACAUCGCAAGCGCAACAACGCCCACUCGAACGAAUGCGAUUCUCAUCGACAUCCUAAAUCUAUCAUACUACCUCUCGCGGACCGUAUAUCCAAGGCUGCUAGGUGCCUUGUCGAUAGCUCUUCGGCGGUCCGCUGCCGCAUAGAGCGCAAUCAUGGCGGCGCAUCACAAUUUUGAGGCCAUGGCCUCUAAGCUAGACGAUCCGAGUUCAGAUCUUCGAGCAAAAGGCACACAAGCCAUCGACAUACGGGAUAACAUCGAGAGCUUCUGCACACCACAGCAUUACGCAAGCUUUCUAAACCACCUCGUUCCAGUAUUUCUUAAGAUCCUCGAUGGACCCCCCGUUUUCAUAUCGACCUCUCCGGAGCAGCGGAUACGGAAUUGCAUAUUCGAGAUCCUGCAUCGCCUACCUAUGAACCCCGCCGAAGCGGUCGAACCCCACGCCCUGAAGAUCGUGGACAAGUUGAUGCUGCUGGUCAAGAUUGAAAACGAGGACAACGCCGUGCUUUGCAUGAAGACGAUUAUGGAUUUCCAGCGGCAUCAGACGAAAGUGCUGGCGGAGCGCGUGCAGCCCUUCCUCGAGCUCAUCCAGGAAAUGUUCGAGACCAUGGAACAAGCUGUCCAAGAUACCUUCGACAAUCCCACUCCAGCCCCCGCGAUCCAGGGCAUUCCUUCCACACCGAGUCACCACCAGUAUUCGCAAUCGCCGCGCCCAGGAUCGCCUGCUACCGCCUCGACGAGCUCCGGAGAGAUGGGUUCGGAACAGCAGCAGGCGCGCAUGCUGCUGAAGGGAAUGCAGUCGUUUAAGGUUCUGGCGGAGUGUCCGAUAAUAGUAGUAUCCCUGUUCCAGGCCUACAGGAACUGUGUGAAUCGGAACGUGAAGCUCUUCGUACCGUUGAUUAAGAAUGUGCUGAUGCUCCAGGCAAAACCGCAAGAGAAGGCACAUCAAGAAGCGGCAGCACAGGGGAAGAUCUUCACAGGAGUCAGUAAAGAGAUCCGGAACCGUGCGGCGUUCGGCGACUUCAUCACAGCCCAGGUCAAGACGAUGUCAUUUCUGGCGUACUUGCUUAGGGUGUAUGCGCAACAGCUAAGUGAUUUUCUUCUGACUCUGCCAGGCAUCGUAGUGCGCCUACUCAAGGACUGCCCGAGGGAGAAAUCCGGUACGCGCAAGGAGUUGCUGGUCGCCAUAAGGCACAUCAUCAAUUUCAACUUCCGCAAGAUCUUCCUCACCAAGAUCGACGAACUCCUGGACGAGCGGACGCUGAUCGGCGAUGGAUUGACUGUCUACGAGACAAUGCGACCGCUGGCGUAUAGCAUGCUUGCUGACUUGAUCCACCACCUGCGAGACUCCCUAUCCAAAGAACAGAUACGGCGGACGAUCGAAGUAUACACGAAGAACCUCCACGACGCUUUCCCAGGGACGAGUUUCCAGACGAUGAGCGCGAAGCUACUCCUCAACAUGGCGGAAUGCAUAGCUAAGCUCGAGCCGAAGGAAGACGCACGAUACUUCCUCAUCAUGAUCCUGAAUGCGAUCGGCGACAAGUUUGGAGCGAUGAACCGCGGUUAUCACAAUGCAGUGAAGCUUUCGCAGCAGUACAACCAGCCAUCGAUUGAUAUGGUGCCCGAGAACCACAUGCCGGACAAGGACCACCCUCCGGACUGGGACGACAUUGAUAUCUUCAGCGCAACGCCCAUAAAGACGUCGAACCCUCGUGACCGAAGCUCAGAUCCGAUUGCCGACAACAAGUUUUUGUUCAAGAACCUGCUCCACGGACUGAAGAAUCUGUUCUACCAGCUCAGGGCUUGCAAUCCUGCGAAGAUGAAGGAGGAAAUUGAUGUCGCCAAUGCUUCGGCCAACUGGCAUGAAGUCUCGUUUGGCUAUAAUGCCGAGGAGGUCGAAGUGCUCAUCAAGCUUUUCCGGGAGGGAGCAAAGGUCUUCCGCUACUACGGGACCGACAAACCAUCCGAGACACAAGGACUGUCUCCUGGCGAUCUGAUGGCCAACCAGCAUAUGAUGAACAGCGGCAAGGAGGAGAAGGAUCUACUGGAGGCUUUCGCAACGGUUUUCCAUCACAUCGACCCGGCCACCUUCCACGAAGUCUUCUCGUCGGAGAUUCCACACUUGUAUGACAUGAUGUUCGAUCAUCCGGCGUUACUCCACGUUCCCCAGUUCUUGCUCGCUAGCGAAGCGACAUCGCCCAGCUUCGCCGGAAUGCUGCUUCAGUUUCUCAUGGACCGCAUAGAAGAAGUGGGCACUGCAGAUGUCAAGAAGUCUUCUAUUCUCCUCCGGCUAUUCAAAUUGUCCUUCAUGGCCGUCACCCUUUUCUCAUCACACAAUGAGCAGGUGCUAUUACCGCACGUCAGCAAGAUCAUCACCAAAUCCAUCCAACUAUCGACCACAGCAGAGGAGCCAAUGAACUACUUCCUACUCUUACGGUCAUUGUUCCGAAGCAUUGGUGGAGGACGCUUCGAACACCUCUACAAGGAGAUCUUGCCACUUCUCGAGAUGCUCCUCGAUGUGCUGAACAACUUGCUCAUCACAGCACGCAAGCCCGCUGAAAGGGACCUCUUCGUUGAGCUGUCUCUCACGGUGCCUGCACGACUAAGUAAUCUCCUGCCGCACUUGAGCUACCUGAUGAGGCCUCUCGUUGUCGCAUUGAGAGCUGGAUCGGAACUCGUUGGCCAGGGCCUGCGGACGCUCGAGCUUUGUGUUGACAACCUUACCGCGGAUUAUCUCGACCCUAUCAUGGCGCCCGUGAUCGACGAGCUCAUGGCUGCUCUAUGGGAACAUCUCAAGCCUAAUCCAUACAGCCAUUUCCAUGCCCACACAACGAUGCGCAUUCUCGGAAAGCUCGGUGGCCGUAAUCGUAAGUUUAUUACUGGACCACCAGAGCUGGAAUACAAGAAGUUUGCCGACGACCGCUCAUCCAUCGAUAUUCGCCUCAUCGGAUCCUCGAAAGACCGAGCAUUCCCCAUCGAUAUUGGUGUCGACACUGCAAUUCUCAAAUUGCACGAGGUGCCCAAGCUGCCUGCCGCGAAGAAGUCCGACCCCUUCCACAAGCAACAAGCGUUCCGUCUCAUCGUUUCUCACACAAAGUUGCUGGUCGGAUUCGACAGCCUGCCCGACGACUUCGCGCAGCUCGUGCGCCUACAGGCUGAUGACAUGGUCGCUAGGAAGUACGACGUUGGCGCCGACAUCCUCGCCAUCUCCGAGCGCGAAAAGUCAAUAGUGAAGCAGGGCGUCGAGCAAGAAACUCUCAAGAAGCUUCUCAAAGCAUGCAUAUUCGCAGUUUCCGUUCCAGAAUUGAAGGCAGAUGCCGAGGCGCUGGUCACGAAUCUCGCUAGGCAUUUCAUGCUACUGGAGGUUGGCACGCAUCUUGCUAUCCUUAAGCACAAGGCGAAGCCGUUCGAUGUGAACUCGGGAGAAGGUCCUGUACAUAUCGAGAGCGACAUAUUCUCUGAGGCGAUUGGAGAGUCUCUUGCUUCCGACCAUGUGGCCGUUCGAGAAGCGGCUGAACAAGCAGUGCUGACCAUGCGUGAUACUGCGGAGACCAUUUUUGGAUCUAAAGAAAAGCUGGACAAGUUCCCGUUCUUCGACGAACUCGCCCGGGUGUUCUGCCAUAACUGCCACGGCGAAGAUUGGUUCAUGAAGUCUGGAGGAACGCGCGGUAUCGAGAUCAUGACCAAGAAACUCAGUCUGAGUAAUCAGUGGAUGAUCAAUCGCCAGUUCGAGCUCAUUCGUGCGUUGACGUUCGUCAUGAAGGAUAUGCCAAUCGAUCUUGACUCUAAGACACGGAUCCAAGCUGAAGGCUUGUUGGAGGAGUUGAUCAAGCGCUGCCACAAGCCAACUUCCAAGGUGGAAUUCGAGAAGCCAAAUAACAUUACCAUGAGGUUGUGCGGACAGCUCGUCGGCGACCUGUCCCACAUGAACAAGAACGUACGAAGCGCAACGCAGAAGGCUUUCCAUAUCCUUUCCGAUGUGACUGGUCUCGGCGUGCACGAGCUCAUCCUGCCGGUUAAGGAUAGACUCGUGAUGCCCAUUUGGACCAAGCCUCUGCGUGCUCUGCCGUUUGGUAUCCAGAUCGCGUACAUCGAUGCCAUCACUUUCUGUCUAAAGCUCAAGAAUAACAUUCUUGAGUUCAAUGAGCAGCUCACCAGGUUACUUAUGGAGUCCCUGGCGCUAGCAGAUGCAGAAGAUGAGGGUCUUGCCAGCAAGCCUUUUGAGCAGCGCAAUGCGGAUCAUAUUGUCAACCUGCGCGUAGCAUGCAUUCGCCUACUUUCAACUGCGCAGAGUUUCCCCGAGUUCAGCACCACACCACCUAAUCAGACCUUCCUCCGUAUCAUCGCCGUCUUCUUCAAGUGUCUCUACUCCAAAUCGCCAGAGGUCAUCGAGGCCGCGAACCUCGGCCUGUCAGGUGUGAUUUCAGCUACGAACAAGCUCCCCAAGGAUGUGCUGCAGAGCGGUCUGCGUCCCAUUCUCGUCAACCUCCAAGAUCCUCGCAAACUCUCCGUCGAGAAUCUUGACGGUCUCGCUCGCCUCCUUAAGCUACUUACGAAUUACUUUAAGGUGGAGAUUGGUAGCCGUUUGUUGGACCACAUGAAACAGAUCGCCGAUGGGCCGAGUCUGCAGAAGAUAUCUUUCACCAUGGUGGAACAGAACCCGAAGAUGAAGAUCGUGACGGGCAUCUUCAACGUUUUCCAUCUUCUGCCCCCAGCGGCGGCUACCUUCCUCGCGCAACUCAUCGAGAAGGUCAUUGAGCUCGAGACUGCGCUUAGGAGGACGCAUUACAGUCCAUUCCGGGACCCACUCAUCAAGUAUCUUUGCAUCUAUCCAAAGGAAACAUGGGACUAUUUCUCGCCGACGCUGAAAGACCAGACGCAGGGUCGUUUCUUCGCACAGCUGCUCGAGCGUGAGGCCAGUGGUCCACUUCGACAACAGGUCAUGGAUGAUGUCCCCAAGUUCCUGUCAUCUUUCGAAUUCGAGGGUACCGACAAAGAGGUUUGCCAGGCUCAGCUUAAUGCUAUCCACAUCGCCUAUGCCAUGACGAAGUUCGACUCGUCCAACAAGUGGCUUCUGUCUCACGAGAACGUUCGUAAGGCUCUUCUUCAGGCUGCGAAGUCGCUGGAAAGCAAGCUUCGCCUAAACACGAUCGAUCCGGAGCUCCGUCUCGCAACUGAACAGGCUGGAGAUCAAGUCAUGUCUGUGUUCACGACAUACAUGACUCACGGACCGGACCGACUCGAUUUCUUCUUCGAGCUCAUUGACGCUGUUACUGCUGAGGAGUUGAAGCCGUCCACGCGCCUAUUCGACUACAUCUAUGAAGAGAUCGUGAGCAACGAGUCUGUGGAUCGCUGGAAGACGCUCGUCAACAAGUGUAUCGAUCUUUACACUUCGCGCAACACCACACAGAGGACCAAGACGUUCAUAUUCAGGAACAUUGUCAACCCCAUCUUUGCCAUGGACAUCAAGCGUAACUGGGACAGCUUGUUCGGAAUCAAUAGGGGCACCAAGCUCAUGGACCGCGCAAUGACGGACACCAUGCACAAGCGGCUGUGGAUGCCUCAAUCGCUGACGGAUACUUCCGAGGAGACCGCCCAACUUGGCGUCGAUCACUCUCGGAUGGAAUUGCUGCAGCUCACCUCACUACUGCUCAAGUAUCACUCUGGGAUGAUGCAAGAGGCCCGUAAAGACGUCAUCAAGUUCGCGUGGAACUACAUCAAGCUCGAAGACAUCAUCAAUAAGUACGCAGCAUACGUGCUCAUUGCCUUCUUCAUCGCCGUGUUCGAUACUCCCGUUAAGAUCGCGAUACAAGUCUAUCAGGCUCUGUUGAAGGCACAUCAAAACGAAGGUCGGUCGCUAGUGAUGCAAGCCCUCGAGCUCAUGGCGCCCGUCCUGAAGAAGCGGAUCGGCAACGACUCAAACCCUAAGGCGGUUCCUAGGUGGGCACAGAUCCCGCGCAAGAUCCUGUCUGAAGAGAGCUCGAAUCUCCAGCAGCUGAUGAGCAUUUUCAACUUCCUCGUCCGCCAUCCAGAUCUGUUCUACGAGGCCCGCGAGCAGCUUUCCGCCAUCAUCAUCACGGCUCUUCAGAAGAUCGCGCAGCCGCCGAACCCGUCGACCGAGGCAAAGAAAUUGGCUCUCAACUUGAUCGGCUUGAUUAGAACCUGGGAAGAACGGACUGCAAGCGAGGCUGGUGGUGCGUCGGAACGCGCAUCGUUAUCGCCGUCAGCUACUAAGCGCAAGGCUGAUGGUACACCUGUGCCGGCUACUACUCAACCUAGGGGAUUCGUCGCCUCGCCAAACGUUCGCAUGGUCUUGAUUAAAUAUCUCAUCCAAUUCAUCGCGUACCUCCCAGAGAAGUACCCCGUCGCUACACCCAAGCCCAAGGAUGCUGCCGUCGCCGUCCAGGCGCCGACGCACCCUGCGGAGAUCUGCAAGAAGGCUGUUCAACUUCUGCACGAUCUCCUCUCACCACGUCUCUGGAGCGAUCUAGACCUCGAUAUCAUGCUCACUAAGAAGAUCGAGGAGAUCCUCAUGGCUGAGUUGAAGCAAGAUGAGAAGGCAGAGCCUUUCAACGUCCGCAUGAUCAAUACUCUCCAAAUCGUCAAGGUCAUCAUCAACGUCAAGCCUGACGAAUGGGUGUUGCAGCGCAUUUCUCAGUUUGAAAAGAUUCUCGACAAGCCCAUUCGUUCUGAGAAUGCGGAUGUCCAGGCCAGUCUUCACGCAAUCGACGAGACGGAAGAUGGGAAAAAUACACUUCAGCCUACGCUUAAGCGGCUGUUGGAUGUCAUGCCUGAGCCUGUUACUGAUGAGGAGGGUAAUGUUGAGGAAUCGCCAUCAACCGAGACGAUCAAUUUCUUGGGUGCCGUGGCCACCGAGGCACUUUCGAACGGUUCCUACAUCUCCGCGAUCAACAUCCUGUGGACAUUGUGCCAGAAGCGCCCCGAGGAAAUCGAUCAGCAUAUCCCUCAGAUCAUGAAGGCUUUCCAGGGGAAGAUGGCUAAGGAUCAUCUCGCUUCGAACAGCGGCAUGCCGGGUCAGCCUGGUGGGCCCCCUGGUAUGCGACAGGACGGCGCCAACCCCCCAGCCGAUACAAAGGAGACUGAGAUCCAGAACGACCUCAUCCUCAAGGUUAUCGAUAUCCUUGCUGCACGAAUGAACGAGCUUGGAGAAAAUAGGCGCCCGUACUUGAGCGUCCUGGCGUCGCUUGUUGAGCGAUCGCAGAACAAUGCCGUGUGCUUGAAGGUACUCGACCUCGUCGAGCAAUGGAUCUUCCACUCCACCGAGCCCGUGCCCACACUUAAGGAGAAGACAGCUGUGCUUAGUAAGAUGUUGCUGUUUGAGAGCCGGCAAGAUUCGUCGCUACUUACUAGGUUCCUCGAUCUUGUCAUCCGCAUCUACGAAGACCCCAAGAUCACACGCUCCGAGCUCACGGUGCGAAUGGAGCACGCCUUCCUGAUCGGAACGAGGGCCCAGGAUGUCGAGAUGCGAAACCGCUACAUCACCAUCUUCGAUAAGAGCUUGAGCCGAACUGCAUCCAGUCGCCUGAGCUAUGUACUCGCGUCGCAGAAUUGGGAUACGCUAGGGGAGAGCUACUGGCUCAGCCAAGUUAUACAUUUGAUGUUCGGAUCCAUUGAGAUGAACACGACUGCGCAGCUGCAUCCCGAGGACUUUAAAUUACUUCAAGCCAGCGCUGUGUUCGGAACCUACAGCAAGGAUUCUCGUAUUGGGGAUGUCAUGGUCGACGACGCGCUCGAAACCAUGAUCGCCAAUCACCGCCGCUUCGUCAAUCAGCUCGGCGACGUCAAGGUCCGCGACAUCUUCGAGCCGCUCGGCCAUCUCCAACACACCGAUACCAAUCUCGCACACAACAUCUGGGUCAACUUCCUGCCUUUGGCAUGGACUGCUUUGUCAAAGGAUGACCAGAUCGAUCUUGAGAAGGCGAUGGUUGUGCUCCUUACAAAGGACUACCAUACGAGGCAGAUGGAUAAGCGACCGAACUGCAUUUCCACCAUGCUGGAGGCUAUCGUGCAUUGCGUCCCGCGGGUAAGGUUCCCGCCGCACAUUAUGAAGUUCCUCGGCCGGACAUACAGCGCGUGGUACACUACCGCUGUGUAUCUGGAAGAUUCUGCGAUCACUCCGAUCGUCGACACCGAGAAGGUUAGAGAGUCUCAUUUGGAUGCCUUGCUGGAGGUUUACGUCAAUCUCGGCGAGGACGACCUCUUCUAUGGAACGUGGCGAAGGCGGUCGCAGUUCAUAGAGAGCAACGCUGCGUUGUCGUACGAGCAGACAGGAAUCUGGGACAAGGCACAGCAGAUGUACGAGGCAGCACAGAUCAAAGCACGAACCUCUGUAUUGCCCUUCUCAUCCGGCGAAUACAUGCUCUGGGAGGAUCACUGGGUGCAGUGUGCUCAGAAGUUGCAGCAGUGGGACAUCCUCGGAGAUUUCGCGAAGCACGAGAAUUUCAACGAUCUGUUCUUGGAAGCAACAUGGCGGAACAUCGAUGCAUGGCACAAUACCGAGCAGCGCGAGCAGCUGGACUCGAUGAUCAAGGCUGUCAGCGAUGCACCUACGCCUCGACGGGUGUUCUUCCAGACUUUCAUGUCGUUGCUGAAGCUGCAUGCGAAGAUGGAGACGCAGCCUGAGUUCCACCGGUUGUGCGACGAGUCUAUUCAGUUGACGAUUCGCAAGUGGCACCAAUUGCCGCCGCGCAUCACCAACGCGCACAUUCCUCUCUUGCAGCACUUCCAGCAGCUCGUCGAGCUACACGAUGCCAGCGUCAUUUGUCAGAGCCUCGCGCAGACCACACAAGCCAAUCUCGACCACAAGUCCCAAGAGCUCAAGCUGCUACUCAGUACAUGGCGCGACCGUCUGCCGAACUUCUGGGACGACAUCAAUGCCUGGCAGGACCUCGUCACAUGGAGGCAGCACAUCUUCCGUCUGAUCAACGACGUGUAUCUCCACCUCCUGCCGCCGAACCAGAACAAUGCUAGUGGCAACUCUUUCGCGUACCGAGGAUACCACGAGACCGCAUGGAUCAUCAACCGCUUCGCCCACGUCGCCCGCAAACACACCCUCCCCGACGUGUGCAUCCAGCAAUUGGGCAGGAUCUACACGCUGCCCAACAUUGAGAUCCAGGAGGCCUUCCUCAAGCUCAGAGAGCAGGCCAAGUGCCACUACCAGAACAAACUCGAGCUGAAUAGCGGGUUGGACGUUAUCAACAAUACCAACCUCAACUACUUCGGCGCGCAGCAGAAGGCCGAGUUCUACACACUCAAGGGCAUGUUCUUGGCCAAGCUGGGCCAGAAGAACGAGGCCAACGAUGCAUUUGGCACCGCUCUGUUCUUCGACAUCAAGUUGCCCAAGGCGUGGGCCGAGUGGGGACGAUACAACGACAUGCUUUUCAAGGAGGAGCCGACCAAUUUGGAGAAGGCGGAGGCGGCGCUCAGCUGCUACCUCGAAGCAGCGAGCCAGUUCAAGAAUGCUAAGUCCAGGAAAUUGCUCGGCCGCGUGCUGUGGUUGCUCAGUCUUGACAAGGAUCGCCGUCUAGCGGAGAAAUUCGAGGAGUUCAAAGGGGAUACGCCGGCUUGGUACUGGAUUACAUAUAUUCCGCAGUUGCUGAACAGCUUGUCGAGACCUGAGGCGCCCAUCGCCAGGAACAUUCUUGGCAAGUUGGCUAAGACGUAUCCUCAGGCGCUGUACUGCCAUUUGCGAACCACAAGGGAGGAUAUGAUUGUGCUGAAGAAAAAUCACGAGUUGAAGGAGAAGAAGGCGGAGGCGGCUCGGAAGCAACAGCAACAGCAGCAGCAGGGACAACAGGGAUCGCCUGCACCAAAGCAGGGCUCUCCAGAGCGACCUGGCUCGUCUGCAAGUGGCAAUCGACCAACAUCUGCCAGUGGUGAGAACAAGCCCGCGGCUAAUGGUCCGGUCGUCAAGCAAGAAGGCCAGCAAGGAACACCACAGCCCGGCGUCGAUAAUGCGCCACCUGCACCCACAGUCAAGAAGCCUUGGGAUCAUGUCGAGGAGAUCUCGGCGAUCCUCAAGACCGCAUUCCCUCUGCUUGCGCUGUCCAUGGAAACGAUGCUCGACCAAAUACAGAAGAACUUCAAGUGUCCUCCCGAUGAGGAUGCCUACCGACUUAUCGUGGCCCUGCUGAACGAUGGUCUAUCCUACGUCGGUCGCCAACCGAGUCUCUACGCUCAGGAGGUUCGCCUCCCAGCGUCAACCGAGGCCAAUAUCACCCGCUUCGCGGAAUCCGUCCUGCCAACCCACAUCCGCAAGGCCUUCGAGAACGACUUCGUCCAGCACAAGCCCACCAUGUUCCAGUACAUCCAGAAACUGCGAAUCUGGCGCAACCGAUUCGAGGAACGCCUCGACAAGCGGAAGCUCGUUGUUCCACUGGAGUCGUACACCCACCAGCUCAACGAGUUCCGAUUCCUCAAGUUUGAUGAUGUGGAAGUGCCGGGUCAGUACCUGCAGCACCGUGACAAGAACUCCGACUUUGUUCGCAUCGAGCGGUUCUUACCAGAUGUCGAACUGGUGCGCGGUAUUGGUAUAUGCCAUCGCCGCCUCAGGAUCCGGGGCCACGAUGGAAGUGUGCAUCCGUUCGCUAUUCAGUUCCCCGCAGCCAGGAGCUCGCGCCGUGAGGAGAGGAUCCUGCAAUUGUUCAGGAUAUUCAAUGGUAUCCUUUCUAAGAGGAAGGAGAGCCGCAGGAGGAACAUCCAGUUCCAUCUCCCGCUCAUGGUGCCGAUCACGCCGAGCGUCCGCAUGGUGCAGGACGACGCGUCGUACAUCAGCAUGCAAGGUAUCUACGAGGAUCACUGCCGGCAGAGUGGUUUGAAUAAGGACGAACCGAUUCUGUUCAGCAUUGAGAAGCUGAGGGCUCUGCAACCCAAGAACACAGAGCAUGCAAACAGCAUCCGCCUCGAGACCUUCUCCGCUGUCCAGGAGAAAUACGUACCCCAGACCAUCCUCCUCGACUACUUCCGCUCCACAUACCCCAACUACUCGGACUACUGGCUCUUCCGCCGUACCUUCAGCUACCAACUCGCAACCCUCACCCUCAUGACCUACAUCAUGCACAUGAACACGCGGUACCCCCACAAACUCAGCAUCUCGCGCUCCUCGGGCCGCGUCUGGGGCUCCGAGCUCAUCCCCUCCAUGGCAGUCGGCAAGCCCAUCCUCCACAACAACGAACCCGUCCCCUUCCGCCUCACCCCCAACCUCCAAGCCCUCAUGGGCCCCAUCCACGUCGAAGGCAUCUUCGCCGCCUCCGUCAUGACCGUCGCCCGCUGCCUCAUCGAGCCCGACGGCGAACUCGAAAUGCUCCUCGCCAUCUUCAUGCGCGACGAAACGAACCACUGGUUCACCUCCCAGCACCGCCCCCUCUCGCCCGACACGCUCCGCGAGACCGUCCAGACGAGCAGCGACCAGGUCACCAAGCGCGCGAUGGCGAUCGGCACGCUGCCGAGCAGUAGCAACAUCCCAGCCAACCAGACGGUGGUUGAUCUGGUGGCCCAGGCGGUCGCGCCGAUGAAGUUGGCGGCGUGCGAUCCGCUGUGGAUGCCUUAUUUGUAGGGUUGGGUCACGGGUACUAUGUUUUUUAUUGCGUGUUUAUUGUUUGUUUGGUUUUAGCUGUGGCGUUUUUCAUGGGUGGGAUAUGGGUAUCCCUGGGAAAGUAGGGAAGAGGAAUGGAAGGUCGGGUGUUUGUUUGUUUUUAAACUGUGACUGUUUUUCUUGAGGUUGUUUUUGUACUGCGAUAGCCAUGCUAUGGCGUUUGUUCGUCCGUUGAGGGAGAGAGAUAAGUGCAUUGAGUGUAUCAAGAGUAUCCAAUAGAG